UCGCCAUUUCUCCACCAUGUUGAGAAGGCCACCUACUACGAUUAAGCUCACACCAGAGGAUGUGUUAGCCUAUGAUGAUGCCAAGUCUGCAGCGCGUGUCUCUACAUCUUCUUCUUUUGGCUCCCAAAAGCCCAACACCGUCAUUGACUACGACGAGUCGCCGCUCAGCAACGCUACCCAGGACCUCCUGCAAGAGCUCAAUUACCCAAAGACCAAAGACGAGAGAAUUGGAGUUUCCAGACCCUAAGUCCGGACAAGCGUGGCACAGAGUGCCGCCCCAUGAAAUAACGGGACAAUUACCACUUUCUGUGCCUCAUCGAUCAAUCUACGACAGAACUCAAACGCAGCUUACUAGUAGACACACCUUUUCUCUAUAAAUAAAGGGCAGUGCACCAGAUAACUAUGUUAUACGCCGUGGAAAAGCACGCGCUUUAGUUCUAGAAUCACCAUGUAGGACCCUAUCAUCGAUGAGGUGUUUAAAGAUCUCUGUAGUUAUUUUUACCCUAAUCCGUAUCCUUAAGCUCCUUCCACACCGUUUUGUAGAACCAAAAAGGCUGGAACGAUUACGAGCUGCAUGUUAGCAAAAUCCCAUAAGCAUCUUAAACGCACCAUAAACCAUUUCACAUUUCAUCGCAUUCACUCACCGAAAGCAACGAGUCC